AUGGCAUCCUCAUCUACAGGUAUGUAUGUAUCUGUAGAUUUUCAUUACAAUGGAUUCUUUUCGCCAAACCCAUUGGUGUACUUAGACCCCGUAAAAACAAAUGUACGUGAUGUGGAUUUUGGGGGAUUUACGUAUAAAGAGUUUCUUUUGUGGCUUACGAAAUUAACAAAUGGAGAAUGUGAUAAUGUCUACUACUGCAUGAGAAAGGAAAGCUUGUGUGAGGGUAUUAGAAGAAUCGACAGUGAUGCUGAUUAUUGGGAGUUUGUGGAGACUGUUUAUAGUCUGGAGAGUGAUAGUCUUGAGAGUGAGUUAGAUGUGUACAUUGACCACCGAAAUGAACCAAUUCUUGAUUGGGCUGAUAACGAGUUCUUAGAAGAUGGUAAAGGGUAUGAGUUGGAUGAGUUGGAUGAAGAGGAUGACAAGGAUUCUGAAGUUUCAAUGAAAAUGGAAUAUGAACAUGAAUGGGAUGAUGAAGAUGAACAUACUUUUGAUAAAACUGUUAGAGACCCAUUCUUGGACAAACUUUCAGGGCAUAUUAGUGAUGAUGAUGAAGAGGAAGCAAACAAUGGGAAACUUAAGGAUGUUGUGUUCCCUGUCCAUAAUGAGAAUCAAGAAUGGGAGCAAAUGGUGCCAGUUUUGGGUAUGAAGUUUUCUAAUCCAUUGGAAUUGAAGUUGUGUAUCACCAACUAUGCAGUCAAAAAUGGAUAUGAUUUAUGGUAUGAGAAAAGUGAUCAUGAAAGAGGUCAGUUGCUCUCUGCUAUAGGUAGAGAUGCAAAUAACCAUAUAUAUCCCAUUGCUUGGGCUGUUGUAUCAGUGGAAAGUAAAGAAACAUGGAAGUGGUUUAUUAACCUUCUAAUUGAGGACCUUGGAAUGGGAGUUGGGCAUGGACUAACCUUGAUAUCAGACCAACACAAAGGAUUACUUGAGGCUGUGAAGGAAAGGGUCCCAGCAGCAGAGCAUAGGCAAUGUGCUAGGCACAUAUGUGCUAACUUCCUGAAAAGGUUUAAGGGCCAAGUGUUUAGAAAGCUUUUCUGGUAUGCUGCUGCAGCUACUACCCCUGCAAAAUUUGAACAACACAUGAAUGAAAUCAAGAAAUUAGAGCCACUAGCUUAUGACCAUUUGAUGGAAAGGGACCCUAAAACUUGGAGUAAAGCAUUUUUUCAGACUGAUAGGGCUUGUGAUGCAUAUGAAAAUGGUAUAUCUGAGAGUUUCAACUCUGUGAUUGAAGUUGCUAGGAAGAGACCACUAAUCACCAUGUUAGAAGAAAUUCGAAUUUAUGUGAUGGAGAGGCUUUAUAGACAAAAGAUUAAGGGGCAAUCUUGGGAUUUAACCAUAUGUCCUACCAUUAGGCUGAAGUUGUCCAAGCUUAAGGAUCUUCAAAGGUUUUGGAAAGUAAUACCAUCUGGUUAUCAACAGUAUGAAGUCAGACUUGGGUAUGAUGCAUAUGUUGUGGAUAUUGGUAGUAGGACAUGUGCCUGCAGAACUUGGCAGUUAACAGGUUACCCUUGUGUGCAUGGGUAUGCUUGCAUUGCAAGCCUCAACAGGGAUAACAACUGUCCUCAAAAACCAAUUGGGGAAUCAUCAAAUGCAAGUUCAAAGAAAAAGAAAUCCAAGAAAGCUGAUAAAGUGAAGGUUGUAUUGGCACAUGAAGUUGAUAUUGACAGUGACAGUGAAGUUGAAAUAGAACCUGAAAGUGAUGUUGACUCUUUUGAUCUUGAAUUUGAAGAUGAUGUGCAACCUGAAGUUGAAGAUGGAGUAGAACCUGAAGUCCAAGAUGGAGUGCAACAUGAAGUUCAAGAUGAAGUGCAAGCUGAAGUUGAACCUGAAAAUCAUCCUGAAGUUCAUGAUGCUAACCAAGUUGAAGUUCACCUUGCAGUUCAAGCUGAAGUUGAACCUGAAGUGCAAGUUCAAGUUGAAGAUGCUAACCAAAUUGUAGUUCAAGAUCAAGUGGAAAUACCAGCUUUUCAAGUUGUAGUGGGAAAGAGGGCAAGGAAACCUUCAGAAAGAAUUACAAAACUGAAGAUAAGAAAGAUGUGGGAGGGAAAACAGGGCAGUAGUGAUGACAAUCCGUAUGAGUUGGAUUAACUUUUGGCUUAUUGUACUGUUGUUAAUGUUUUUGGCAUCUUUGACUGACAUCUUUUAACUUUGGAAUCUUUUGGCACAUCUUUUGAAAACUAGUUGGAAUAGCUUAACUUUUUGCACAUCUUUUGG